AUGGGCGGAACUGUCUCUGCGCGUGAGUUUCGUGCGCUGAAACGACAUGUACCGAAAAGUCGGCGCGGAAAUGUUGUGUCAGGUCUUAAUCCUAAACGUCCAAUGAAUCUCCGUCUUCUACUAACUGAACCAGAGACUGGAUUCAUCCUAUGGUCUGAUACUAUCGAUAAUAAACUCACAUUACCUAAAGAACAAAUAUUUUCAUUUCGUCAUUCGACUCAAAAGGGUUACGUUAUGGUCAAAUUUGAUCAAGGCCAAGAUUAUUACGAUUUUUAUAAAUUUUAUACUCAAAUAACUAGAAAUCAAAAUUAUAAAUCAUUAUUUCUACCAUCUAAUACUGAUGAUAUAAAACCGAAAAAAUCGUUACAGAAUAUUAAGAAACGUUUUAUUAAAAAGUCGAAUAUAUCUCCACCGUGUGAUUUCAAACACUUGAAUCAUCUUCAGUCAAAUAAAAAACCAAAAUCAUUAAUAACAGGAAAUUAUUAG